CAAUUUUUAUCAUGAAGAAAUAGUUAUGCUUGACUUAAGUCAUGGCUGUUUUAAACUAGCUUGGAACAACUGUCUUGAAAAUAAGGUGUUUCAACAAUUGAAAGUUCUUAAACUCAGUAAUUGUGUGAAACUGUUUGAGUCUCCCAACUUUUCAGGAUUUCCUUGUUUAGAAAGGUUGUAUCUUGAUGGUUGCUCUUUGGUUAAUUUACAUGAAUCUAUUGGGAAGCUCCAGCAGCUCGUUUACUUGAACUUGGGCUUCUGCAUUUCUCUUAAGAAACUCCUAGAUAGUAUAUGUAGGUUGAGUUCUCUCCAGAAGCUUAUUCUCAGUCAUUGCAUCUUACUCACAGAGUUGCCUAAGUCCAUUGGUGAUCUAAAAGAAUCUUUGGUUGAGAUUCUCUUGGAUUAUACAAAUAUUAAGGCACUUCCUGAUGGUGUUGGAUUAUUAAAGAAGCUGGAGGUAUUAGAUCUUUCACACUGCUUUAGUCUGGUGGAUCUGCCAAGGUCAUUGGAAAAUAUGAUGUAUUUGCAUUAUAUUCUCCUUAGUGGACGUACCAAGCUUCGAUACAUACCAAAGCUGCCCUCUAGUUUAAUUGAACUUCGUUUCUAAGAAUUACUAUCAAGCUUAACAGACUUGCGUAACAUGAAAAGGUUGGAGGUAUUAUGGCUUAAAAAUUUGUGUGUAAAGGGGGGAGCAGCAGUUUAUAAGAGGCAUUGUGAGGAAAAGUUAUGGUGAAUUCAAUUUGAUGGCAUUAGCAUGUCAAAUCUGUGUUCAUUACUCGUGGCUUAUGCAUGGCCAGGUGAGGUCUUUUUUCGUUCUAUGCAUGCCUAAUUUAUUGGAACCCUAAUUAUUUCUUCCA